AUGUCUCAGUAUAAUUAUGUGGUUACAGUAUAUGAUUCUAAUUCUAUUACAGGAGCAAUAUAUGCUGAUCUAUUCGGUGAUGGUAUAGAUAGACUUAUAUUGGUAAAACCAAAGAGUUUACUUAUUUAUGAUAUAAAUAAAGGAGAUUUAAUAAUUCCUAACAAUCUGGAAAGUAAUGAAGUAUCAGAUAUCCCUAUAUUAAGAUUAGUUGGUGAAAUAUCAACAUACAAGAAUAUAAUUCAAAUAGCUCCUUGGAGACCUAAAGGCCAAGAAUUUGAUGAUAUCUUGAUAUAUACAGAACAAUAUGAACUGAUAUUGAUAAGAGCAUAUAAAUUGCAAAAUAUUGAAGAUAAUAGUACAGAUUCUUCUGUAUUAUAUUUGAAUGUAAUACAAAGUAAAGAUUUAUUUCGUCCAAACUUACGCAAAUCUAAUAAUAUAAAGAUGAUUAUAGAUUCUUAUAUACAACGUAUUAUAUUAUUGAUUUAUGAAGGUUGCCUACAAGUAGUUGAUUGUUAUACAGAUUUAUCUCUUAAAAUGUCUGUGUUUACUCCUCCUAUUAUGCUGAGACUUUCAGAAUUGAACAUUUUGGAUUUAUGUCUAAUAAAUUCAAGUUCCAAUAAGUGUUUACUUGGUAUACUUUAUGAUUCAGGAUAUUCAGAAGACCCAAGAUUACUCAAACUGAUAGAUUUACCAUCAGAUUUAAAAAGUUGGACUUAUAAUAUGAGAAUAGGUAUGAAAAUUCCGAGUAAUAUAAUGAAAAUUGUUAAUUAUGAAGACUUUAAUAAUGACCCCUUAUCAAAUGGUCUUCUUUUAUUUGGAGAUGGAUCUGUCUUUUAUUUAACAAUAGGAGAAAUCCUAUAUAAUAAUAAUGAGAAUCUCAUCUCACAGCCCUUAUUUAUUCAAUGCAAUUUUCCAUCUAAUUAUCUAGAAAAAGUGGAAAGUGGUCUGACACUUCCUAAUAUAGUAGAUGCUAUACCUAUAGAUGGUAAACUAAAACGUUGGCUAGUUUUAGAUAAUACUGGUGGUUUAUUCAUAAUGGUUGUUUAUAAAGAUCAAAAUUUGAAAAUUGAAAAUAUCAAAGUUGAUAUUUUGGGACAAUACUCACCAUUUUCUGUAUUAUUAUCUCUUAAAAAUGAUAUUUAUUUUAUAGGCUCCAAGAUAUGUGAUUCUCUUGUGUUAUACAUCUAUCAUAACAAACCUUUAAUUAUGCAAAUUAUACAUAAUAUUGGUCCUAUUCGUGACCUGCUCUUCAUAAGAGAUAAUGAAUAUCGAGAAGAUAUAGUUAAUGAAAAUCCAUUAUCAAACACUCAAAUAUCUAAAAACUUAUCACUUCCUCUAGUUGCAGCAUGUGGAUUUGGAAACAGUGGUUCUUUUAAAAUAAUCUGCAAUGGAAUAGGACUUAAUCAAUAUUUAAUUCUUCAGGAUUUAAUUAUUCCAUACACAACUCGUUUGUACCAUAUUCGACUACGCAAUACUAAAUUUGAUAUGGGUUCAUAUUCUAAGAUUUAUAUUAUUCAAUCUGGACAUAAUUUUACAAAGUUUUUUACUUAUAAUAUGAAACAAGAAGAUUUUAAUGAUACUUAUUACUUAAAUAUAAGGAAGGAAGUCGAUACAGACUAUCAAAAUAAUACAAAUUUCACUAUGUCAAAUAAUAUUCAUCCAAGAUCUUUUAGUAGCAAUUCACUUUUGAGUAUGAAAGAGGUUGAACUUUCAGGUUUAAUAAGUAAUGAAGAAACUCUACAAAUAUGUUUUUGUUCUAAUGGAUAUUUUGUACAAGUGACACCUAGAGGUAUUUUUACACAUGGUAUAGGAAAAGAUAAUAAGCUUAAUGCUUGGAUUUUUCAAGAUUUCCUGAAAUCUGAUACUUGUGAACUGAAGGAAUUUUUUAAUAAAUUUAAUCACUCUGAAUUAAAUAUUGAGAAAGCUCAUAUAGAUGAGAAGAAUAGUUUUAUAGUUUUAUGUUUAACAUUUGGAGUAAUACUUGUUGGGAGAGUUGAAGAAUUAGGAUUUAGAGUUGUAACAUCCAAAAUUGUUAGUCAGAUUCUUGAGGAAUUAAAUAAGGUAGAUAUUGAUACUAACUUUGACAACUUUAAUUUUGUAGACGAAAUAUCUAGUUGUGGAGUAUUUUUCAGAACAGAUCAAAUUUUAAUUUUUAUUAGUACAUGGCAACAACCUGAUAUCCUGUGCUUUGAGUUUAAUUCUGAUUUGCAAUCUACUGGAGAUCAAACAAUUAAUUUAAUUUGUAGAUUUCAUACAGGAUUUCAGAAUCAUGAGCUAUUGAUCACCUGUAUUUAUGUUAGCAUAUUAUCUCAAGAAGAUGGGCAUAAAAAAAAUCAUAAAUCUAUUGACUACCCAUUAUAUGUUCUAAUAGGAACUAGUCAAGGUCAUUUGCAACUUUAUUAUGACUCUAGUUUAAGUAGUAAAGCUCUGGAAAAUAACUUUGAAACUAUGAAUACAAAUUUAGACAAAAGUAAAUCAAAUAUAUUAUUUUAUUCUUGUGAUAAUACAAGAUCAAAAGAAUUUGAGCUAUUUAGUACCUGGAAAGUAUCUAACACAUAUAUAUCUAAUAUAUAUCCUUUAAAUAUGCAUAAUAAUGAUAUAAAUCUACUUAUUUGCUGUGAGCAGCCGAAAAUACUUCACUGGAAGCCAUCUUAUAAAGAAAAUUCCAUUGGAUUAUGGACAUUUUAUAAUAUACAUUCACCUUGGAUAAGUCAAGCUAUUCAAUUGGAUUCUUGUGAUACUAAACUUACAAGUACUAGUAAAUCUCAUGAAACAUUUAUACUGUACCUUUGUCAUCAUAUUGAUCAAAAUUUGAAUGCUUCUUGUAAAUUAGCUAAUACUCAACCUCAAGAAGAACUUAAUAUAAGAAGUAAUAUAGAAAAGCCAAAUAUAAUUAAACUGACGCAUUCACUAAGAGCCAGUUCAAUUGAUAUUCUUCAACAAUAUCAUUGCAGAAGCUUACAAUUGAAUUUUACUCCAGAACGGAUAUGCUAUAUUUCAAAUCUUAAUGUAUAUGUUGUUGUUGGUAUAUGGGAAAAAGGUUUAAUGAAGAAUUCUAAGUCUGAGAACAAAUUUCUUAUUCAAAAUAAUUCAACAUUAAAAAGUUCUUUAUCAUUUGUUCAAGCUCUAAUGUGUGUUAUCUCUGCAAAUAAUUUAGAAAUUCUACAUUUCAAAACUUUAGAGUCUAGUGUAUAUCCUACAUGCCUUGAGUAUAUUGAGUUAAAUAUAAAUCAAACCCCAGAAAAUAUAUCUGAGUCAUUUAUAGUUUUGGGAACAAACAAAGUAGGUCAUAUUAAUGAUUACAGUAAUAAAUCGCCAAAUAUUGACUUACCUAUAGGUAAACUAACUUUGUUUAGUAUCAGAAAACUUCAUAGUAAGUUCAUAGUGGAUGAGGAAACCAGUAUAAAUGCUGAAGGUUGUCCGUAUGCAAUUACACGUUUUCAAUUGGGAACUAUACUUGUUGCAGUUGAAAAUAGUGUCGUUACAUAUGAAAUAAUACAAUACUCUACAUCUAGCAAUUACUUAAAAGAUACCUCAAUUUUACCAUCUUCUUCAUCAUCUUCUUCAUCUUGUUUGUUGUUAGAUACUUUACCUGAAAAUGAGAAAACUCCCAAGUUCAAGUUUAAUAAAAUAAACUCUUAUAGUACUCAUACUAUGAUAGUUUUCUUAAAGUUAUGGAAAGAUGAAUAUUUGUUAGUAGGUGAUUUAAUGCGUUCAGUAGGUUUAUGGAAGUAUGAUAAGGUGGCAAAACAAUUUGAAGAGAUUUGUCGUGAUCCAUCUUUAGCUUGGGUAAUGGAUGGGAUUUUUAUUAACAAAAAUUUGUAUAUGGUCUCAGAUGAAAAUAAGAAUGUAAGGAUAUUAACUAAACCAGAAAAUCCUAUAAAUGAUGAGAUGGAUACUGUUCUUCAAAGUAUAGCUCAUUUUCAUUCCGGUGAAAUUGUAUCUACUUUUCAGAAAGGGAAGCUCAUGAUGCCAUAUCCACGUUGUCUGCAAGAAAUAAACAAUAUUGGACUAGAUUUUUGUCAUAGUUUAUAUAGUGAACAAAUAGUCUUUGGAACGGCUCAGGGAAGUAUGAGUGUAAUAUUUAGUUUAAAUGCAGACUAUAAAAUGUUUCUUCAAUUGAUUAUGUUUGAAGAAGCUAUAAUAGCAGCUAUUAAAAAAAGUUUACGGACUAUAUAUAAAGAUUGUAAAGUUUGUAAUCUUUCUAUUAAACAGAUAAAACAACUUUAUAUUAAAGAAUCAUCUUCUUCUUUCAGUGGGGUAAUUGGGACUAUAGGGGGAGAAGAUGUAACUCCAUUUCAGUGGAAUCUCUCUAAAAAUUAUCAAGAUUACAACUAUGAAUAUGAAUGUUCAGGAGCAUCAAGGGGCUUUAUUUCUGGUGAUAUUAUUGAAUUAUUUUUGAAGUUUUCAAAUGAACUACAAGAAAUGGUUAUCCAAGAGUUGAAAGCAAUUCAGAUAGAUAAUAUCACUAUUCCAGAAACAAGCAAGCAACUUGAACACAUAAUACAACAACUUCGAAAUAUACACUAA